CUCCCCAAGCCCUGCCGGAGGACGGCAUGGCAUCUCCCGGGGCCCCGGAGCAGCAGCCCGAGUUACCCGAGCGCAACAGUGGCUACUGCGAGGUCCAGUACUGGGACCGGCGCUACCGAGGCGCGGCCGACGCUGCCCCCUACGAGUGGUUCGGGGACUUCUCCUCCUUCCGCGCCCUGCUAGAGCCGGAGCUGCGGCCCGAGGACCGUAUCCUCGUGCUAGGUUGCGGGAACAGCGCCCUGAGCUACGAGCUAUUCCUUGGAGGCUUCCCUGAUGUGACCAGCAUCGACUACUCAUCAGUUGUGGUAGCCGCCAUGCAAGCCCGCUAUGCCCAUGUGCCCAGUCUGCGCUGGGAGACCAUGGACGUGCGAGCACUGGGCUUCUCCAGCGCCUCCUUCGAUGUGGUACUUGAGAAGGGCACACUGGAUGCCCUGCUGGCUGGAGAACAGGAUCCCUGGACUAUCUCCUCUGAAGGUGUCCAAACUGUGGACCAGGUGCUGAGUGAGGUGAGCCGGGUGCUGGUCCCUGGGGGCCGGUUCCUCUCCAUGACUUCUGCUGCCCCCCACUUUCGGGUCAGACACUAUGCCCAAGCCCGUUACGGCUGGUCCCUGAGGCAUGCAACCUAUGGCAGUGGUUUCCAUUUCCAUCUCUACCUCAUGCACAAAGGCGGCGAGCUCAGCGCAGCCCAGCUGGCCCUGGGGGCCCAGCUCCUGUCACCCCCCAGGCCUCCUGCCUCACCCUGCUUCCUUCAGGACUCGGAUCCCGAGGACUUCCUCAGCACCAUCCAGCUGUGAGGCCAGAAGCAAGGUCCUCCCAGCCUCUGGCCUUUCCACUCUGGCUUUCUCAAGCAGUUAAGAUUCCUGACUCCAGCUGGAGGUGGUAUCUGAGUUGUUCACCCCUGAGCUGCCUCAUGUCUAAGAACAAGCUCAUGUGUCCCAGUACAGCUCAGGUUCAGUUCGAUUCCUCAAAGCUGUCCUGGGUUCUCCAUCUGCCUCCUCCAGCAUACUGAACCACCCAUGACUCCAUCUCCUUCAAUAAAGUUCAGCAUAACCUCUCUGUACACCAGCCAGCUUCAGAGACCCCCAUCCAGCCUGCAUUUAUCCACCUGAGGCUGCAGACUUGGAAUCCAGAUUGCUUUAUGCUUCUGACCCUGCCUCCAGCUUCAACCUCAGGGACCUGUCCAGCAUGGUGGGUAACCCAAGCCGGCCAGCAACAUGCACUGGAAAUUCCCACAUAGCUGUUCUCCUCCCAUUCUGGCCUGGAUCCACGGCCAACAGAAGCAGCGGGCAACACACACAAGGAGGUCUGUGUUUAUUCACACACUCCUGGUACAGUGAAGACAGAGGGACAUUUACAAAGGAUACCCCUGGAUUGAGAACAUCGCCAGGGCCACAGGUGUCAUCCGAAGGUGCAGAGCAGUCUCCUGGCUUCUCAGGGACAGGACGCAGGGAUCCAAGGUAAAAUCAGAUCUGGGCCCUUAAGGAGGUUGAUACCUUGGUGAGAGGGGUCUGCCCCACAGCCUCCUGGGGUCCAGCCUGGAUAGACUGGCCAUGGGAUUGGUUACCAUGUUGGGGCUUGGCCCAGCCCAGCCUCAACACCCGUCCUAUCUGCCAGGCGCAGAAGAGCUUGGUGGAGACUAGGUUGGGGGUGGGGUAAGGGGUUGAGGAGGGGCACGAACCAUGAGUGGAGCCAGUAAACAAAGAGUCGGAUAUAAAAAUACAAAUGUGCUGAGGAAGUCCCUUAGAAAGAGGCUGAGGCUGGGGACACGCCAGACAGGGGUGGGGCAGGGGUGAGGAGCGGCCCUGAGGGCUGGACUCAGGUGAGUGGGAAGCUCAUGCAAAUACGCAG